GGGGCUGAGGUUAGAGAGUCUGAGGCUUCCUCUGUACGCCGCGCUCCCCGCGAUGAGUCAGUAUCAGAUUACAGGUUCACACGCUCGCGCGCAGACCGCCCGUCGCCCCGACCAAUUGCCCCAUUCACGGCAGAGCCGGAGACGGCCGUCCCCCCUGAUUGGCUGAUCCGCUCCGGGGCUAAAGGAAACCAACGGAACUUUCCCACGGCCUGCACGUGCUGACAGGCGGCCGGCCUCCUCCCUGCCGCCGCCUGGGCAAAACGCCGGUGGAACAUGGGGAAGGGCGGGGUUCUCAGGGCUAAGAUUCACUCUAAUUGGUUCUUCGUCGAAAUUAUGCAAAUUACUAAGGCGUGUUUAGAGUGCAGUUUCGGCGAACUGAUCUCCUCCGAACGCGAAGGCGCACACUGAUUGGCUCUGCUUGGCAACUAGACCCGCCCCUCGCGGCGUGCUGUGGCGUUGAAAUGACACCGUGGGAAAGCCUAGCUGUUCAAACGGACGAAAACCGCAGCAGAUUUACCUGAUACAGCACGGACAAGUCGCACACUCACUCAGAGCUUCAAAAUGAAGAGAAAUCACGACUUCAGCUCCUCUGACAGCGAGCUUGAUGAGAAUAUUGAAGUGGAGAAGGAGAGCGCCGACGAGAACCUAGGCAUGAGCUCUCCUCUCGGAUCCGUUUCCCCUUCUACAACAUCCCAAGUACAAGCAAGAAAACGUCGCCGAGGGAUCAUUGAAAAGCGGCGUAGAGAUCGCAUCAAUAACAGCCUGUCUGAACUGCGUCGACUUGUUCCCAGCGCUUUUGAGAAACAGGGCUCAGCUAAACUGGAAAAAGCUGAGAUUUUGCAGAUGACUGUGGAUCAUUUGAAGAUGCUUCAUGCAGCUGGUGGCAAAGGUUACUUUGACGCUCAUGCUUUGGCAAUGGAUUAUCGUGGCUUGGGCUUCCGCGAGUGUCUGGCUGAGACAGCCCGAUACCUGAGCAUCAUCGAGGGCCUGGACAACACCGACCCACUCCGCAUUCGCUUGGUGUCCCACUUGAGCAGCUAUGCCACCCAGAGAGAGGCUCACACAGGUCUGGGGCAUCUAGCCUGGGGCUCGGCGUUCAGCACCCCUCACCUGGCACAUCACCUGCUCUUACCACAGCAUCAGCAAGGGGCAUCGGUAUCACGCAAGCCUAGCAGUCCUCCAUCAUCAUCCUCAUCAUCGCCCUCCUCUUCACCAUCAGUACCCUCCUCAGAGCCUCAUGGCUGCAGCAGGUUGACUGUCACAGCGAUCAGCGAGGCAGGACAGAGCAGGCCGAUCAGGGUACCCCCUGCAACAGGCACCAUUCCCCCAGGGCUCACAGCAGCGUCCGCAUCCAAGCUUUCUCCUCCACUUCUCACGUCCCUGUCCAGCCUCUCGGCUUUCCCCUUCCCUCUGAGUGCUUUUCCUCUGCUCUCACCCAGCUCACUGAGUCAUGCCACCCCCUCCAGCAGCCUGGGAAAGCCGUAUCGUCCAUGGAGCAUGGAGAUCGGUGCUUUCUGAACUUUUUUUCAGACCAGAAAGACUUUGAAGAACGAUGGGAGUUUGCUGGUCAGGACUCAACAAAGUGGAAAGACAACCCAGGACUAAUGUACCAGAGAAUUAGUUGUGUAUAUGAUUGUGUGUGUGUGUGUGUGUGUGUGUGUGUGUGUGUGUCUGUGUGUGUGUGUGUGUGUGUGUGUGUGUGUGUGUGUUUUUACAGAAUUGAAUUUCCCUCAAAUUUGAGUUAAUCAGGGAUAGGUUCUGCUGGUAGCCAGGUUAACGUCUUAAGGUUUCUGUCAUUAACUUCUGAAACUGUUUUUUUCUUCUUUUUUUUUUUUUCUUUUUUAAUAAAACAGGGUGCUGUGCUGGUACAAUACCCUGCCUGGAUACUGAAGGAAAGAUAGGUCUUUUGAUGAAAUGGUUGUUUUGGGGCUGAGGUACUGAUACAUUUAACUAGUUGGCACAGAGCGUAAAAACUAGAACCAAGUUUUUAUUAUAAUGAAAAGUAAUAAGUAAUAUCAGUGUGUAGUUCCAAAUGAGAGGCAGAAUAUUGUCCACCCCAUGUCUCGAUAUUUCAAUUAACAUCCAUAUUUCGAAUCGUCAUGUCUCAAGGGUGAAAUAUAAAGCGAUUAUUGUACUCCCUCACACAUUUUGGCAAGAUACCAUUUUUUCGUAUUAUGUUUGUAUUCGACUUUGUAUUUCUACAAAGUUUAAGAGCUAUGCAAUCGAUCAGUUGUUUUACAAGAUUACAAGAUCUCUAUGGUUUUAGAUCUGCAGCUUACUUUUGUAUAAAUACAUACAGUAAAAGCUAUGCAACAGAGCCUUUAUCGCAAAAGAUUACUUUCUUUUUCUUUUGUGACUUGCAACAUUUUUUUCCCCCACAUCUAUUUAUAUUAAAUAUCUUGAACUGUGGUAGCCAGGUUUUGGGGUUCAGUUGCUGUUAAACCCCUUCUUUAAUCAUGACAGCUUUUAACACUGUUUCAGAAUGGACAAUCUCUCAAAAAGUCACUAAAUAAAUAAUGAAAAAUAUAA